GGCGCGCCGUGUAAAUGCUGUUUUGACCGAGUUUGACGGGAAUAUGUUGGGGCAAGUUCCCGACCUAAACCAAGGCUCAACUUUAUUAUAACAAAACCCAAACUAGAAACGACCAGGGAUGUAUAGUGUUGGGUAGAUAAUAGUUUAUCCGUUUAAGCCUAUUGUGUGAAAGUCGGCAGAAUGUUCGUCCUUAAGCGUGUUUUGUUAAUUGGGGGCAUCAUUGUUCCUCAAAGCACCUCCCUCCCAGUGAGCCACUUCUGUACUUGUCUCCGCCGAGCAUCCCGCAAAAGAACCAGUCCGUACAGUUCCGUGGACAGUGAGCGGUACUCUUCUCUCGUGAAAUCAGUGAUGUCCUUCAAAGUCAGCUCCCAAACUCCCCAGACCCUCGUUCUGGAAGAUGAGCAGAUGUUCGGACCCGUCGUCAAAGCUCAAGCAGCUUCAACACCUGUGAUGAGGAAAGAGCCGACAAUCCUCCAUCCUUUCUCAAACUCUGAUGGGAAUCUGGACCCAGAAGAACUUGAAACUGGGCCUCCAGCUCGGAUUCUCUUAAAUCGAGCAGCAGACAGGGCUUUUGUGCCGAGUGUGACUCGGGUCCUCCAGCAGACUCUUUCUCCUGAGCAGAUCUUCUACCUGGAGAGAUGGAAGCGGAGGAUGAUCGCAGAGCUGGGAGAGGACGGCUUCAAACAGUACAGUCAGAAUCUUUUUAGACAAGGGAAGCUGUUCCAUUCAGCUCUGGAGGACAUCCUGACAUCAGGGGUAUCAUGGAAGAACAGAAACCCCUCAGAUACGCCAGAGUUUCUACCUGAAGUACAAGGAUACAUCGAGAGCAUCUCUCACGUACUGGAAGAUGUCAGUGCAGUCAGAGCGAUUGAAAGCACAGUGCAUCAUGGCACGCUGAACUACUUGGGAAUUGUGGACUGUGUUGCACGUUACAGGGGUGUACUAUGUGUUAUUGACUGGAAGACGUCAGAAAAGCCUAAACCAUUCUUGAGUAACACGUAUGACAACCCUGUUCAGGUGGCAGCGUAUGCUGGGGCUUUAAACGGCGACGAUAACUAUCAAUACCAGGUAGAAAAUGGACUCAUUGUUGUGGCCUACAAGGAUGGUUCCCCCGCUCAUGCUCAUCAGCUCAGCUCAGAGCUCAUGUCGGACUACUGGAAGACAUGGUUGUUACGCCUUGAAGAAUUCACAGAUAAAAGAUCCCUGCAUGCGUCAAGCCCUUCUUUGGAAAAGAGAUGAAAUGUGUAGAGAAAUCCUGCAGUGAUAGUUGGCUGGAACUUUUGCAUCAAAGCAUCUAAAGCCACAACUGUUAAUGCAAAAUAAUCUUUGAAUCUUUGAAGAAGGCUUUUUAUCCCAAAUUGUUUAGAAAAGGAAUUUCAGCAAUUCAUGUGAAAAUGUGCAUUCCGGCCUUUAUUGAAAUAUUUAAAAAUCAUUGAAUCCAAACCAGGUUUCUCUGUGUGAGGGAUCUUCAGUGAAGCCCAUCCCUUUAAAGAGUUUAUAGGAAACCUGGUUCUCCUCCUCUAUAAAACAGAACACUGGAUAGCCUCGAUCCUUCAGCCUCUUGGCCAUGCAGCUGAUCAGGGCUUUGGCAUAGCCCUUCCCUCUGUGCUCUGGCAGAGUAUACAACAUUCCUAUGGCACAUGAUGGAUACGUCAGGAUCCAGGACACAGGGUUUUCCUCCGCAUCCAGCACACAGCAGGAGGGAAAGUUUGCUAUCAUAUUGUGGAUCAUCCGGACAGCCCCUUGGUUCUUUCCAAACUUCCAUGUCUUAUUCACCAGGUCCUCAUGCGAUUCAUCCAAGGAGCUCAGUUUGAUUCCCUGGCUGAUGCAGAACAGAGGAAAAUACUUUUUAUAGCAGGAAAACUUUAUUUUAGUGAGAUAUAUUAUUAAUUACAUAAUGGUAGUGGAGAGAUGUUUAUACCAGUCUAAAGAGGGAAGCUUGGAUGCGUCCUCCAGAAUCAUCAUGCGACAUACGGCCAGUUUGUGGCAAGGCACAUUCAUCUCCAACGCAACUGCUUUGACUAUCUCCAUGUUGGGAAGGCUGGUUCCUUAAACAAAAAAUAAAAGCUCUAAUCUGUAACCAUGUUUUAUUGUAUUGCUUUUGAAGUGCCUAAUAAAAUGAUGUGUCAGAAUUGGAAA